UCGGGUUUCAUCUGCAAACCUUGACGUCUCCACGAUAAAUACCGAUCACGGGCCGGAAUCCUCCGCUUCGCCGUUUUCUCGGUGUUCUCCUCCUCGCCUCGCCGUAGGAUUUGAUCUACUUCGAAGAUCAUCGAUGGCCCACCCGCUGAAGAACAAUCCAGUGCCCACCGGAGAUCACCAGCAGGUUGACAUGGAAGUGCCUGGGCACGGACAGCCAGCAGGGACUGGGGCUGUCCAAUUACCGUAUGUUAGCUUGCCGUAUCAAGCUAACCAAAUGAUGGUCACCAGCUUACCACCUUCAGCUGGCCAGAUGACAAAUCCUGCAUCCCAGGUACAACUCACUCAGCACCAUCUCGCCUAUCAGAGAGCCCAGCAACAACAGAUGAAUCAACUGCACCAAACACUCCAGAUGUUUCGGACAAACCAAUAUCAGGAGAUAGCUGCAACCUGUGACUUCAAAAACCACAGUCUUCCACUGGCACGAAUCAAAAAGAUCAUGAAGGCAGAUGAGGAUGUUAGGAUGAUAGCGGCAGAGGUACCAGUCCUGUUUGCACGGGCAUGCGAAAUGUUCAUUCUUGAACUGACAUACCGUUCGUGGGCUCAUGCCGAGGAAAACAAGCGAAGAACCUUGCAGAAGAAUGACAUAGCUGGUGCAAUCACGAGGACGGAUGUCUUUGAUUUCCUGGUGGAUAUUGUACCAAUGGAAGAUGUGAAGGAAGAUGUGCUUGCAUCGAUUUCGACGGAUGGCACCAAUGAAUCUCUGCCAUACUAUUACGUUCCCUCUCAAGCUGGAUCUCUCAAAAUGAUCAUGAAUAACUCAGAAGUGGACCAAAGUUUGUUGUUCAUGCAGCAGUCUCAGCCUUACAUACCUCAGCAAAUAUGGGACCAACAGCAGCAGCAGCAGCAGCAGACAAUUCAUCAACAAAAGCAGAUGCAGCAACAGACAGAAAAGGACUCUAAUUAAGCAAGAAAGUUGCAGCAGCCAGUAUUUAAGAUGUUCACCAUCAUAAAUGAAUAUUUCCUGAGGCUGGGAACUCAACCCUUUUCUUUCCUUUAAGAGAUCGUUUGUGAUUGUCACUUGGUUUACGAGGUCUACGAAAACUUUCAAGAGCUGAAAACAUGUAAUUUUGCUCUUUAUAUUAUAAAGCAUUUACAAGUUGA